CAGCGCCCGGUGCGGCGGCGAAGGGCGUCCGGGUUCCUUCCGGCUGGCCGGCAGCGGAGGGGGGGAGCGGCCGCCAUGGUGGGCCCGGGGCCGGGCGGCGGGGCGCCGCUGGAGAACGCCAACCCCCUCAUCUACCGCCGCUCGGGGGAGCGGCCGGUGACGGCGCGGGAAGAGGACGACGAGCUGCCCGACUCCAUCGACGACCGGGAGAUCUUCGACCUGAUCCGCUCCAUCAAUGACCCCGAGCACCCCCUCACCCUGGAGGAGCUGAACGUCGUCGAGCAAGUGCGAGUGAAGGUGAAUGACGCAGAGAGCACGGUGGCGGUGGAGUUCACCCCCACCAUCCCUCACUGCAGCAUGGCCACCUUGAUCGGCCUCUCCAUAAAGGUAAAACUGAUCAGGUCUCUGCCGGAGAGAUUCAAGCUGGAUGUUCAUAUAACACCAGGAACACAUGCCUCUGAGCAUGCAGUUAAUAAACAGCUUGCUGAUAAAGAACGUGUAGCAGCUGCUUUGGAAAACUCUCACUUACUGGAAGUGGUGAAUCAGUGUUUGUCUGCUCGAUCAUAACUGCCCAAUGAGGAAAUCGCUGGUAUUCUGCUAUGUCAGUCUAAUUUUGUGUGUAAGUGGUGAUGCUAGUGUUACACUAUACAUAUAUCUAUGAACAAAAUAAAAUUACUUGGAUUUUCUUAAAGAAUUGUUUCAUUGCUCCUACAAAAACAGUAUGUGAGAAAUUAGCUUACAGGCAGCUACAAAAAUAUAAUGAAAAUUGACUUUUAAAUUUUAUUAGUCAUUGCAUAGGUAGGAUUUUUCUUAAAAAAGUUUUGUUUCGACCUGUUUGUAAAAGGUUUCUCCGUAUCGAAAAUUAGUUAUAAACUGUAUUUUAGGAGUGCAUUUUGCACACUGGACUUUACAAGCAUGCUAAGCUAAUUGACAGUUUAAAAUCUUUACAUUCAUAUGACUGUUUUGGACUGCUAAUCUAAUUUUAUCUGCAGACAUCAAAAAACGUGUAAGUUCAUGUGUGCAAAGUUGUAACACAUUUUAGGAGUAAGUGUAAGCCCUUUUAAAUUAUCUGCCUGGUUUUUAUUAUAGUAACUUGGAUUAGCCAAAUAUGGAGGACUCUUUAGACCUGUAUAAAACAUGAUUUAUUUUUAAUUACGUAUUACUUGUGGUAGGAAAUACAGUAUCUUUAAAGUAGGGGUUUUUUUCGUGCACCUGCCACAAUAUAGGAGCGAGUAUCAGGUAUUUUGGUGCCUGCACACUUGCAAUGUUACGUUCAUCAUUAUCAGUUAUCUGGAGAGUAACUGAUACACAUUUUCUUUUGAAAGUAGAUUGUGCUCACCUGUUUGAUGGUAAUGCUUUGUAUUUUGGUAGCGUUUUCUCUUGGAGGAUCUCAGAUGCUAUUUUGAAAAUGGUGAAGCUUGUGAGCACUAUGUAAACCACAGCCUAGUAGUCCAGUCUGGUCUGUAUUGAGCAGCUGAGGAACCUGAGGCAGUGGUGAGCCAAGUGUGACAUCUAAAGUCACAUAGCAAAACAGGACAGAAACCAACCCAAAUCUUCCCGUUUCAGAAAUGAGGCCCCCAGUUUGUGCGGGGCUGUGUAGCGGCUUUAAUCUGAUUAUUUAGUUUAGCAUCCUUUGAAUGAUCAGCACUUGCUUGGAUGUAAGAAUGAAACUGUAAAUAAAGACAAUACUUAUGUAGUAUUAAUAUUGGGAAAGGAGCAGAAUGACACAGCUGUUAAUACUGCCUUUCCUCUCUGCUUCUCUUGCUGAGUCACUGAACUGAUUAGUUCUGACAUUGCCAACGUUUGCACCACAAAUGAAACUUCAGCCAUGGCGAUGCAUGCAGGCAGCUCAUAGGUAGCAUGCUUGGUUGGUUUGAUUUUGUUUUCUGGGGUUUUUUAACAGAAAAUUAAUUUUGCCAUCCCAGAUUUUGGGGAAGAAAGGAAUGCAAAUAUGUGCCAGGGGAAAACAGAAAGAUGACUAAUCUGUCAACAGAUUGCUUCAACCUGCGCUCCAAAUAGAGAAGGAAUCAGUAAAUUAUGCUUUGUUGAAUCUCUCUGCUUGGCUUUCACCACUACAUAACAAUAUUGUUAAAUAAUUUUUUGGGAUGUUGGCACUUGCCUCAUGAAGCACGUUGUACCCAGUAACCCUAAGGGUGCGCUUUGCACCACUUACCUUUUCAGAGAAGCAACAGUAUGCGGUUAGAUUGUUUUAAUUUAUAGUAUGUAGCUGGGGGAUGAUUUUUCAGUAAAGGGACUCUAUUGUGGAUAUCAAAGAAAAGGUCUGACUUCUGCUGCUUAGGGAUGGAGAAUCCUAUUACUGGCAUGUUUCUUUAAGUGAUGUGGAUGUUAUAUUUAUGAGAUGAUAAAUAGGACAGUAAGGACAAACCACAGUUACUUUGUUGAAGAUAACAUGUCCUCCUGUGCAGGCUCCCUCAACUUGGGUACUUGCUGCAUGAUAACGUACUGCCAGUUCUAGCAAAAAUCUUCCAUUCCCUGGUUUUAAUGAUUGUUAGCUGGCUCUUGCUGUAUGGAGAUAAAGUGGGAGAAGAAAACAUUAAUUUGUUACAAAUAUUUCUUUUCAGACUUUUAUUUUUCCAAAAAGCUACUCCUAAAUUUAGCCUCUGGAAUGCUUUGUAAUAGGACACAUUCCAUCAGAAACUAUGACCCUUUAGAGCAGCUGUGUUGAAUACAAACAGCCUCAUUGAAGUCCAGGAAAAAUGCCAGAAGCAGACAUCUGUUUCCCAUUCCUAGGCUGUGGGCAGAGCCUUCAAGGGGUGGCUGGAUGGCAUUCAGGACUCCCAAUGCUUCCAGGGGUGGCUGGAUGGCAUUCAGGACUCCCAAUCCGCAAACACCGUGACAGGAGCUCCUUAGGGCAGCUGGCUGUGCUGGGCACUGAAGCAACCUGUCCCGCCUUUGAGCCCGCAGACCAACACAGUUGGUGUGUCUUGGGUCCCACCACACUGCACAUACUUGGGCCUGCCCACACAGACCUCUCCCCAGCUGCUCCCACGCUAUCGCUGCUGCCUACCCACCAUCUGAAACUUCCGAAGACCCUGCAUCCCCCAAUUUCAUGAGCGGCAGGGAAACAGCUCAGCAGCUUUGUAUCCAACGGCGCAACUGAACUGUCUGUGGAAGAACUUCACACUUCAAUGGUAAUAUUUUUCGUGCUCCUUGGCUGGAGUGAUGUGUACCACACACUGGGAACUGUUAGUUAAAAAAAGGUAUUUCAGUCUUCUGGCCAUGCUUAAGAUUGAUGUGUUUACAUCAAUAAAGUGCUUUGAUAAAGAUC